AUGGCAUCUACUACUAAAUACCAGCCAGCGCCGACGCGCGACUCAUUCGAGGAGCAGGCCUACAGCCAGCCUCCUCCAUCUUACCAGGCAGAAGCCUCUGGCGUUCCUGGAGUCCCUCGCGACGAAGACGACAAUGUCCCCGAUGACUUCAAGGUCUACUCGAUUCUGACCGUUCAACUCCUCGCGACCGCCGCUCUUUCUUCCAUCUCAUUCUUCAGCCCCGGCUACAAAGCAUGGAUCCAGACCAACCAGUGGAUGAUGUGGGUUUCGCUCUUCGGUGCUAUCGGCUUCAUGCUCUUGACCUUCUGGAAGCGCAAGUCGUACCCCACCAACCUCCUCUUCCUUGCUGGAUUUACUGCCAUGGAGGCAUAUUCGAUUAGUGUCGUCACAUCCUUCUUCGAGAGCAAGAUUGUGCUUGAGGCACUCAUCUUCACCCUGGGUAUUUUUGUCGCACUCACCCUCUUCGCUUGCCAGACCAAGUACGACUUUACCAGCUGGAUCCCCUAUCUUGCCGGAGCUCUCUGGGUUGUCAUCAUUUUUGGAUUCAUGGCAGCCUUCUUCCCUCACACCAGCACUAUCGAGUUGGGAUACGGCAUCGUUUGUGCACUCAUCUUCAGUGGUUACAUCCUGGUUGACACACAGCUCAUCAUGAGACACUACCACGUCGAGGAGGAAAUUGCAGCUUCCAUCUCGCUCUAUCUUGAUAUCAUCAACUUAUUCUUGGCCAUCCUCAGAAUUCUGAACAGCCAGCAGAACAACUAG